AUGAGAGAUAAAACCAUAUCCCAAGCUGGGAAGUUCCUGAGAAAAAUCAAGUUUAAAAGUGUAUUUCGAAAAAAGUGCAAGUGGUUCGAUGACCAAUUAUUCUUGAAAACUACAUUUGUACAAAUAGCUGAACAAACAUCAACACAAAAUGUCUAUUUCAGUAUCGUUACAAUUGAUACAUCAUCAUGCAAUAAUCUCACGAUCGGAAACAUUACCAUUCGUGAUACAUUGAUAUGGAAUGGUACACAUCAAGAAUUUAUGUUGUUAAAAGUAUCCCCAUCGCAAAGAUAUGCAUAUGCAUUUGCUGAUUCGUUUGUUUUGAAAUUUGACAUUACACAAAAUCGUAUCGUUGAAUUGAAAGCAUCACAAAGCUUUUAUCCAAUUUCAGGAAGGUAUCCACAUGCAAUGGAUCUAACAGAAGAUUGGGCUCUAAUUGCGGCGUAUGCUGCUGUACCAGGCAAUGCCAAUCUAGCUGCACCUAUUGUAUUUCUUUGCUCAUUAAAUCCCUUCCAAUAUCUCGGUUUUGCGAGUCUUGUCGAUGGUUUACUUCAAGUUAUUUCCUUAGCAAAAACAUAUAAUCUCGCCAAUCAUAUGUCAAUAUCUGUGAAUGAAGAACGACAAAUGGCUAUUGCUGGUUAUCCACUAAUUAAUCUUGUUUCUUCAUUCACUGUGAAUGCAACAAGUACAAAUAUAAGUACUUGGACGGUAAAACGUGUACGUACUGAUUUCGGACCACCGACUAGUGGCUUUGGCCAAUCUGUUGCUUGGAUUGAUAACGAAACAGUUGCGAUUGAUGUUCUAUCUAUCAAUGCUCAUUCUUGGUCUAAAUCAGAAGUUUGGACAUUUGCCGUUGAUAGUCCAUUCACGAUUCCUCAAUAUGUUUUUCCAAAUAAUCAACAAACGUUGACAGCGUAUGCAACACCACGUUUUUAUCAGAUUCUUUCAUGGUCCAUGAAUUUGUUUAUUCUAACUGAUUUGACUGGAAUCAUUUUCGUUCCAUCACAACCACCAGGCUAUUUAUCAGUAUGGGCUGACACUGGUGACAUAUUUCUGUAUAUUUUUCGUUCUUCGCCAUGUUCUCCUGGUAAAUAUAAGAAAGAAAGUGGCUUUGGAUUAUGCCAGGCUUGUCCACCACAAACGAAAAAUCCAGCCUAUCAACCAUGUACACAAUGUCUUCCCUGUUCAUCNUCAGCGAACGAACAACUUUAG